AUGGAUGAAAGCGGUGACGAUGAGAGCGCGGACCAGUGCAUGGCAAGGCUCUUUCAUUCCGAGGAAGGUGGUGCUCCAUCUGCCACCACAAUGCCCAAAUGGGAUGCUCAAAGUGGAUUGUCCGACGCCGAGAACAACUGCAACUCGGAGGAUGAGGAUUCGCGCGUGGCGAGUCAAGGGAGUAGCGCCAUCAAUCCCAAUGAGGAGGGUCAAGCACCAUCUUUGUCGGCCUCACCUACAGACGUGGAGGAAGAUCGCUGCUCCUACGCACCUCUUACGGACUGUUUGUUUUGCAGACACGAAUACGACUUUGUAACGACAUCAAUAAACCAGAAACUGCCCUCGGCGUGGAUGUGGUUGAUGCGCAGAAGCAGGUGGCCCAUCCGCUUUGCUCCACAACAAACUCUGCCCCUCUCAGUGUUGGGCAUUCAAAUUCCACCCUGGCGCGUCAGUGCGGGUCGAAUGAUGUGGGACAUUUGUCGCUAUUGCGCAAAGAAUGCAGGCAUGAGGAACCUCGUUCUCCUCGAUCCCAUGGUAAGUUUACCAGUGGUGGUGCUGGUGGUGGGUGUGCUGGUGGUAGUGGUUGUUGCUGUUGGCGGCAAUGCUGUGUUGCGAUGUGUGCUUGGUGGUAUGGGUUGUGAUGGAGAGAGCCGAAAAUGCGAUGAGUUGGAGGGAAAGAAGGGGAGUGUGGCGCUGUCACCGCUCUCGCCACUGCUCAACUUGAUGCGGUAUGGUGCUUUGCCGAGUCCUCGUCUCACUGGGGUUCUCUGGAUGACGCCGGUGGAAGCCGUCUCGCCCUUCUACCGUGUGCCCGUGCCUCUCGACGAGGAGGAGGCGGAGGCGAAGUGUGUGCCUGAUGGUUGUGAGAGCGGAGACGAGGAUGUGUAUCCCACAGCCCUCCGUCUGCGCUUCCUUACGGUGGUGGCCUAUGUCAUCAAUUGGGUGGCAUGGAUGUCGCGAGUGGAGAACUAUGCAGCCUUGGGUACGUCGCGAUUUCGUCCCACCCUCAUCAGUGCUCCAGUGGCGGCAUAUUUGCUGCAGCCCUUCAGUCUGGGGUGUGGUCAGGCCCCUGUGUUUGACCUCUGGCCCAUGUGGCUACUCCGUCGUCUUCUCAACCUCUCCCUCACACUCUCU